AUGCAAUUCAUAAAUCUGCAACACAACAAGCUCACCACCUCCCAGGCUUGCGGAGCGCAGCAGCACUUGGGCAUCACUUUGGCAAGGAAGACGGUGGAGGUGGCCCAGGAGAAGCUCCGGGCUGACAUCUUUCGCCGAGUGAACACGUGCAACAUGCUGCUGUACCAGAUGAGGCAGCGGAGCCGAGCCCAGGACGAGCUACAGAGACGGCUGCAGCAGCUGCAGGAUGCCGAGAUGGAUGACCAGUGGCACCAGGCGCAGCUGCAGGUGAUUCGCCAGCUGGAGAACAGCACUGAGAAGAUGCUCACGAAAGUCCACGCUGGACAGAAGGUGACCGCCCUGUACCUGGCAGUGCGGGAUGUCCUGAGGAAGGAGCUGGCCCACCUGCCUCUGCACCUGGACAUCCUGUGCGGGAUGGCCAAGCUGUACCACGGGGAGCUGGAAGACAUGGAGCUCAUGGCCUUGGAUGCACUCAAAGCCGCUGAUGUGACCAAGGAGGACAUGGCCGAGAUGGAAACCCAGUUCCUUGCAGAGAGAGAGUUCAGGUACCGCUCCCUGGCCACCCAGAAGGUACACAUCGACAGGCUCUGGCUCAAGGAAGCAAGCGAAAAGCAUCUGAGAGUGCAAGCCGGGUAUGAGCUCACCAUGGACUUCCCGACCAUGCACCCACCGGACCCGCUGGUGGGCGCCGAUCUGGAGGCCACCAAGUCCCAGAAGGAGCACGAGGCCUGGGUGACCGAGAAGAUGGAGAAGGCCAAGACUGCGGUGCAGUGCUCCCACCUCUGGGACAUCCCCGGCAGGCUCCUGGCGCAGCAGAAGUCCUCAGUGGACGUGGAGCAGUAUGUCAAGGAAUGCAAGGAGAAGAAGCAGUUGCUGAAGGAGACGCUGAAGGAGCUGGAGCUGAAGCAGGCUGAGCUGAAGUUUCGCCAGCCCCCCAGCAAAACCAGUUGUAUGGAUGUGAAUGUGGUUGGCUCCAGGAUGCUGGAGGAGGAGCUGAGGAUGAACUUGCAGUGGGAAGAGGCUCGGCUGGAGCAGAUGCGAGCCCAGAUGCUGAGGAACCAGGAGCUGCUGCUCGAGUUUGAAAACGGCAUCGACAACCUCUUGGUCCAUCUGCAUGGCAUCACCGUGCCCGGCCAGGACGAUUCUGUCAAGGCCAGGGGGGUGGAGGAGAAGCUCCAGCGCUGUGGGGAGAAGCUGCAGUACCUGGUGCAGCGGGUGGCCGACCUGCCCCCCCACAAGCACAGCCCCGACGAGGACAACGAGACUUUUGUGAAGGUCAGAAAUUUUCUGGAGAAAACAACCGCGAAUGAUCCGCAGAACCUGAAGAUUUCCUUGGAGGACAUAGGCAGUGGGAUCCAAGACCCCUUUGAUUUUGCUGACAAAGACCAUGCCCUUGUCCUCACCCGGGAAGACAUCAAGAAGCAGGGGCUGCACCUGAUCGAAAGCAAGAAGAAAAGUGGCAAGAAGAAGUAG